UUUACUGUUUAGUCAUGAUUAAUUCAUAUAUAACAUUAAACUUUUCUUUUCGAGGUUGUAAAGAACAAUGUUAUUGCAGUACUGCGAGUGUUGGAUUAUGUAAAGUUACCUGCUACGAUGAUUCUGCUGACCUACAAACACUUCAGUGUUCCUCCUGCCCAGAGGGAUCACAUCCUCUAUUUGACGGGGCCUCAGGCUGUGUUUGUCAAAAAGGACACACUCUUGUAGAUGGAGUCUGCGAACAAUGCCCAGAAGGGUCAUUCAAGUCUUUCGUUGGCCAGGCACCAUGUACAACCUGUCCACAGUACUCAACCAGUCAUAGAGCUAGUACCUCGGCUGAUCAUUGUGUCUGUCAGUAUGGAGAAUUCAAAAUACUCUCCGAUCAAAAAAGAAAAUGCCAACGUUAUGAAAAUGAGGAAAUCGUGAGAUUAGGCAUAGGACCAGCUGUAUCACCGAUGAGGAACAUAUCAAUUAUAGGAAAGCCAAAAUUGAUUUCUGGUAUGGAGCCACGGGUUACUUCUGCACCAAAGAAGAAUGACCAAUUGACAGAACAUGAAAACAAAUCGAAAACACCAGAUGAUGUAGUGUUUGGCAUCGUUGGAAUUGUUAUUGUUCUAUUCUGUGCCGGUACUGGAUUUUCAGUCUAUAAAUGGAAACAAAAACAUCAAACGCAUUUAAAAUUUCCGAAACUGCUAACGUGUAAAUCAUCUUACCAGUACGAAGAGCGUCAUGAUUCCUUGAUUUAUUCUACCAAACUGGAGAAUUAUUACAAAGGACUGAAGGUGGCUUCCGGUCAGCUCAAAGUAGGAAAGGUGAUUGGGCGUGGAGCCUUUGGAAUGGUUCAUGAGGGAUAUCUACGAGACACAAAAGAUGAAAAUGCAAAAAAGGUGGCCAUUAAAAGACUAAAGGAGGAGGCCACUAGAGAAGAACAAGAGGCCCUGCAGUUGGAGCUGGACCAUAUGAUGUAUGUCGGGAAACAUCCUAAUAUCAUAGAGCUGAUAGGCCUUUGUUCCAUGAAAGGAUCAAUGAUGCUGGUGCUUGAGUACGCUUGUAAUGGUGAUCUUCUGUCUUAUCUAAGACGGUGCUCAACAAUUCCAGGCUUACAGCUGAAUACUCCUGGUUUUGGGUUUGACAAAAGAGCUGUUGAAUUGUUUAGAACUCUGAUCAUGUUUGCAUGGCAUGUCUCAAAGGGAAUGUGUCAUUUGGAAAAACUAAAGUGUAUUCAUAGAGAUAUUGCUGCAAGAAAUAUUCUACUUACGCAGGACCCGAUUGCAAAAAUAUCUGAUUUUGGGCUCUCAAGAGAUGUGUAUGAAUCAUCAUAUUAUUUUAAAGUUUCAAAGGGAAGGUUACCAUUUAAAUGGAUGAGUCCUGAAGCUCUUUUGAUGGGACAGUAUUCCAUUAAAAGUGAUGUAUGGUCCUUUGGAAUACUGCUUUGGGAGGUUGUCACGCUUGGGGGUAACCCUUUUGCUGGAAUUCCAGUUGAAUCAUUAUGUGAAAUGUAUGCCCAUAAUUAUCGGCUACCCAAACCAGCGACGUGUCCUGAUUAUCAAUACAAGCUGAUGCUGGAAUGCUGGGCUGAACGCACGCAAGAUAGACCCUCCUUCAACGACAUCGAGUCCAGAUUAGAUGGUUUGUUGCAGCGUGUUGCAAACAGGGACUAUAUUAACUUAUUGGAGGAAGAGAAUACUCGUCCGCGUCACCAAAACCGUAUCAGGGACUCCACAGAAAACAAAACUACGUGUUUGUCAGCUGUCUAUGACACUGACUCGGACGACAUGACUUUUCACGAGUCAUCUGAUUCGGACUCAAUCACGGAGAUAAAUUCAGACAUGUUGUUGCACCAAGCACAUCGAAGCCAUCCAACGCGAAAAACGUCACAACAAAGUGCAUCGGAUCGGCAGUCAGCGACGUCAAAACCCAACCAAGAGUCGUCUCAACUAGUGAGCUCCAUAGAAUUACAAAAUUUGUCUGAUAGCAAAAUCCAAAUGUUGUCGAAUCCAAUUUAUGGUUCAAGAAGAAAGUUGAAAGAAACGAAGUGCACAUGAAAUUUAAAACCGCAACUAUUAAGUUACUAGGAAAUGUCAAGGAAAACCAUGCAAAUCUUGAUUUGCAAAAGACACUACGCCACAUCCUUGACUUUCAAAUAACAGAGGUGCUUACGAAACAUAAAAAAGGACUUAAUUACAUGGAU